GGCCGCGCGGGGCGGGGCUGCGGGGGGGGCGGGGACGUCGGGAUUUGACGUCGUGCGCGUGUGACGCCAGAGCCCGUCUGACGUGCGAGCAAAACGUCAGUGCGCAGUGCCCGACGGCGCUGCGUUUUCCCGACGUGUAUUUAGUGUUGUUUUUCGUGGGAGGGACGGGGACAGGACAGGACGGGACGGAGAGGCCGUUUCAAGCAAUAAAGACGAGGGUUUUUUUUUUCUCUCUCUCUUUUGCUUUUCCCCUCGAGUUGUCAAUCGUUUUUUUUGGGGGAAAAAAAAACCGAGCGAUAUCUAAAACGACCGACAAUGACGCACUGGUUUCACCGGAACCCGCUGAAGGCGACGGCGCCGGUGACGUUCAGCCUCUACGGGGUCGCCACCAACAGCGCCUCGGCCAAGAUCUGCAAUGACUUGAGAAUUGCAAGAGCGAGACUCCUCGAGUUUCUUGUAGAUGUGACCUGUAAACCAGACAUGAUGAAAAAGGCCACGGAUGACUAUUUUUCCCUUUUACAAGGCUUUAUAACAUCACUGGAUGGCACAACACAGGAAAACAAACUGCGUUUCAUUCAGAAUUUCAAAUGGACGGACACUUUACAUGGCAACAUUGCGAGUGCUCAGCAGGAUGCCAUUUUCGAGUUGGUCUCGAUGGGCUUCAACAUCGGCUUGUGGUACACAAAAUAUGCGUCCAGACUAUCUGGAAAGGAGGAUGUGAAUGUGGAUGAAGCCAAAGAAAUUCACAGAAGCCUGAAAAAUGCCGCAGGAAUCUUCAAAUUCAUCAAGGAAAGCCAAACGUCCAGACUGGUGACGCAACCAGAGAAAGGGACGGAUUUGGACUCUCGGGUUAUAGAAACCUACAUUGUGCAAUGUCAGGCUGAGGCUCAGGAAGUUACCAUUGCGAGAGCUAUUGAACUGAAGCAUAAAGCAGAUCUGAUUGCAGCUCUGGCAAACGAAACUGCCAUUUUCUAUCAGAAAGCUGAUCACACUCUCACAAGCUUGGAUCCUGCCUACAUAACAAAGUGGAGGAAAUACUUGCAGCUCAAAAACUGUUUCUAUCUGGCAUAUGCAUACUGCUACCAUGGCCAAACCCUUCUGGCCAACGACAAGUGUGGGGAAGCCAUCCGCUCGCUACAAGAAGCAGAGAAGUUUUACACUAAGGCUGAGGUAUUGUGUAAGGAAUAUGGUCAGACAAAGGGUCCGGGGACAACAGCAAAGCCAUCCGAGCACUUGUUCUUCAGGAAAUUGGGAUCAUUGGUCAAAAAUACCCUGGAAAAGUGCCAGCGAGAGAAUGGAUUCAUUUACUUCCAAAAGGUUCCUCCUGAAGCUCCACAGUUGGAACUGAAGGCCAGUUAUGGUUUGGUGGAGCCACAGAAGUUUGAGCUGCCGUCACUGGACAGUCAGUGGAGCCCAGAGGUGUACUCUGCAUUUGACAUCACAAAAGGCCUCAAGGAUGACAAGGUUAAAGAUGCGAAGGAAGAGGAGUUGAAGCCUAUGAAGGAGCCUGACCUGAAGCCGCACAAGGACACUGGUUGUGUGAUUUGUUAGAGGGAUCGAUACCUGGAACUUUCUCUCAGCACGGAUCGCCAGUGAUGGCUUUAUAACUACAUAUUCCGCGCUGCCUAAAACCGUCUCCUCACCUGCUCGGACAUUCAUCUUUCUCCAAAACACGACGAUACUUUAAUCUCACCUUAUCUCGAUUAAUGUAUUUUAUUUUGAAACCAUUGUUACCAUAUUUAAUGAAGGCAUGCGCCAAUCAUUCCAUGAUCCUGGGUGGGGGGAGAGAGAGCUCUUCAGUGAGAUUGGAUAGGAAUCCUUGCUGUGUUCUCCCACAGGAGAUGAAGAGUGAUUUCCCUCCUCUUCCGCCCACCCGCCCUUAUAUCUGUGUAUAUUUUCUUCACCAUCGUUAUCGCCUAUUCCAUAAGGAGUUCAUUGUCAGUGGCCAUAAUAUUAGCAUUUCCAGGAACCCACAUUGCAGUUUGAGCUCUGGCCUGCAAAUUCCAAGCUUGUCUGCAGACAGUCAGCAUUGAACCUUCCAAAACUUAGUGUUAAUUUCUAAAACCUACCUCCCUCCUUCCCUUCACCUUAUAUUUACCACUCACUCACCUCACAAAUACUUUCAUUCUUGUCAUCUGUUUUCAACUUGGAUUUCUUAAUGGAAGGUCUGCGCCCCAUUUUCCUUUGGAUACUGUUCAGUGAAUGUUUAAUAGAUGGUGUUUGGGAGUAUAAACCUAUUGCUUUUCUCUUUACUGGGAUGCAGCAUUUCAGUUUUUGCAGUUGCUCCACCUAACAGUGCAGCCCACUCCAUCCUAAGUGAGGCAAUCCAGUCAGAACGAGGGUACAGCACAGGAACCAUUGGAGCUAUCUCAUGGUGCUAUUGUUCAUAAGAAUAUACAGGACCUUUCCUGAUCUCAACCCCAUGGCCCCGAGCUCUCUUUAUAAUCUCGAACUGUCCCGUGUGGUUUCGGGUAAGGAACGACACACAUUGUUUCUGAUUAGUUAACAAAAUCAACAAAACUGAUCAACAAAAUUCUUCCCCCAAAAAUUAUCUCAAUUCCUUCUAACUACUUAAAAAAAAGGGUUUAAAUCUGCCACUAAGCUGCAAUGUGGUAAAGUGAUUUGUAGUGAUUUUUCAAUGGGUUGAAAGCCCUGGGAGAAACUGAGCACAGUUUGGGGUAGAAGUUGAAACUCUGGAAAGAUACCACACUGAUCAAUGGAGCUGUGAAUAUAAAUUGCAAUGCUUUUUUUCUCUAUAAAACUUCAAGAAGCAUAAAUGUAAUCUACUCUCCAGUGGGCAAUGUGGCAAACUAGUUGGCAAAUCACAAAUUACAGCAGCACUGCAGAAAUCUUCCGAAAUCAGGCUCCAAUUGUAGGAACCCUUUGCGGAAGUCAAGAAUCUCUGCUCCUGGCUGCUGAGACGUCACAGAGCAGAUUCUAGUUGUGGAGUGUGCUAUCUCUGCCCCGUGGGUGAGGUAUGGGAGAAAGACAUCCCACCUGCCCAUGCGUGGAGAAUGUGGUCUUGUUUGGCAGAGUCCAAGGCAGUGCUGCUGGGAUUGAAUCAGCUGCAAUCAUUCAGGUUAUCAGUAUGGCGCACUGCUGAUCUUCCCACUGCUUGUCUAGUUCUGAGUACCCCACUGAUUAGGGCUUUGUAUAGUGUGUGUUUAUAUAUAGAGUAGGUGUAUAAGAAGACUAGCGAGAAGAAUCCUGUUCCCCCAAUCUGACUGUCCCAUUGAAGAAUCAGGAAGACUAGUCAAUAGUGGGGAAUUGCAGGGCCACCUGGCUCAGGUAUCUGAUCAUUGAGUCGAUCACGGAGUUGACUCAGCUCUGGUCUCCCUUUGGUAGAUGGGUCACCAGCCAGCUCGCUUGACUCCAGGGAUGACUUUCCAUCCCUCGCUCCCCUUCACACCCCCAAAGCCAAGUGGGUCUUGAGUAUCGAAACAUGUGAUCAAAGCAUCAAGUUAUAUAUAAUUUUCAGGCUGAAAACUAGGAGUUAAUGGCAGCCAGGGAGGGCAAAAGUUGAGACAAUAUCCUGCACCGCCACACAUUAUAUUAACUGGCACCAUGUGUAACUCCCAGAAUCAUUUUUACUUUUUAUUCUCUUGUCUGUGAAUGACUUCUAUAUGGUCGCUUUCGUAUUAAACCUCUUAUUACCUGC